AUGUGGCUGGUGAGAGCGCUGAACGUGAGGUCGGCAAAAGAGCCUUUGAACAGAGCAGCCAGCAGAAAUAUCACCAGACUUGACAAAAUGACCAGCAAAGUUAUCAUCUGGGGCAGGUAUCCCAUGAUCACGGUGAACGGAAUGAAUGAGAGCCGUCCCGUGAAGAUGAUCUUGAGGUACAGUGCCAAUGUGAAGGACCCAACCAGCAUGGAGAAGAUUAGUCUGUAG